AUGAUUGUUCUCUCGCCCAUGGACUAUCCACCAUCCUUCGCUCAAAACCACUCCGAAUAUGUCUACUCGAACGCUCGCUCUCUGAGCCAGAUUGUCGGCGAGUUCCUACAGCCCGGGGGCGUCACAGCUUUGCGGAAACCGGGGAUCGAGAAGUGUCCGGGAGGAAUCGACGCUAUACGUGUGAAAGGGUAUUGUGUAGUGGAGGACGGCAAGUCCGUGGAGAUUCCGUAUCCUGGACGACACGAAGGAUGGCGCUAUCAUGGCCUUACACGCCGUGGCGAACGAUGUUGUCGAGGCACCUGUGGCGGUUUUUUGGGCAAAACGGUCAAGUGGUGGCAUGAAAGACACAAAGCUGGCAGGGUACCGAGCCGACCUCGUCGUCGUUGGGGUGUUUCUCCAACUUCCACAUGGCAGUUAUGGGUUCCUCCAUCGGCCAGUCGGUAA